CUCCUAAAUUGGCAAAAAAUUCCUAUUCGUCAGCACCCAAAGGGAGUGAACUUUUUCUUUUCCAAAACAAUCGACGCUUUUCCUUUAGAAUAGGAACUGGAAGCAGAAAUCGGCGAAGAGAAGAAGAAAGAGAGAAGAAAAGGUUCAGAAAUCAGCCACACCGAUGCCGGUUUCCGGCGGCUGCGUCCCGCCGGACGGCGGCGGCGAAGCGCCUCCGUCGGCUGCGAAGGUCCUCUUCGGGAAGUACGAGGUGGGCCGCCUUCUCGGCUGUGGCGCCUUCGCCAGGGUCUACCACGCCCGCACUGCCGGCACCGGCCAGAGCGUAGCCAUCAAGUGCAUCAGCAAGCAUAAAGUCCUCCGCGGCGGCCUCGCCGGCAACGUCCGCCGUGAGAUUGCCGCCAUGCGCCGCCUCCGUCACCCGCACAUCGUCCGGCUCUACGAGGUCCUCGCCUCCCGCACCAAGAUCUACUUCGUCCUCGAGUUAGCCAAGGGAGGCGAGCUCUUCGCCCGCAUCUCCGCGCACGGCCGUCUCCCCGAGGACGCCGCCCGCCGCCUCUUCCAACAGCUCGUCUCCGCCGUCGCCUUCUGCCACGCCCGCGGCGUCUUCCACCGCGACCUUAAGCCGGAGAACCUCCUUCUCGACGACCAGGGCGACCUUAAGGUCUCCGAUUUCGGCCUCAGCGCCGUCGUCUCCACCGCCAACGGCGACCGCCUCUUCCAGACCCUCUGCGGCACGCCGGCAUACGUCGCGCCGGAGAUCCUCUCCAAGAGGGGCUACGACGGCGCCAAGGUCGAUAUUUGGUCCUGCGGCGUCAUCCUCUUCGUCCUCGCCGCUGGCUAUCUCCCCUUCAACGAUCCCAAUUUGAUGAACCUCUACCGCAAGAUCUACCGCGGCGAUUUCCGAUGCCCCCGGUGGAUCUCGCCGGAGCUCCGGCGACUCCUCGGCCGCCUCCUGGACACGAACCCCGAGACCCGGCUCACCGUCGAGGGCAUCGUGGCCGACCCCUGGUUCCGGACGGGGCUCGAGGAGGACCGGUUCUUGGCCAUGACGCGGUUCCGCGAGGACAUCGACGCGCGAAUCUCAAAGAGGGGCCAGCUGCCGGCCGCGUGGACGGAGGAGGGCGGCGAGGAGGAGCGGGAGCUUAACGCGUUCGAUAUUAUAUCCUUUUCGACCGGGUUCGACCUCUCCGGGCUCUUCGAUGCGGCGGCGGAUCGGGAGCGGUUCGUGUCGGGCCAGCCGCCGGAGGUGAUUCUGGGCCGCGUCGAGGAGGUGGGCAGGGCGGAGGAGCUGGUGGUGCGGCGGAGGAAGGGGAAGCCGGGCGGCGGCGGUGGCGGGGCGGCGGUUGAGGAUCGGACCGGGAAUAUGGUGGUUUGGGUCGAAGUGUACCGGCUGAACCGCGAGUUGGUGUUGGUCGAGGUCGAGAUCGGGCGCGAGGGGGAAGGAAACUGGGAGUUCUGGAGGGAGAAGCUCGGACCGGGUCUGAAGUGUGGGUCGGUUAGUGAACCGCAGACUCCUGUUUCGUGUUCGUCGGGUUGGUCGUCGGACCGGGUUUCUUCGAUUGACUCGUGGGACGAAACCGAUUCGAAUUAGCUCGCCGGGGGUUUUAAUUCCGGCAGUGAGUAUUAAUUUAACAAGUAUGUACGUAUGUAUGUAUGUUUACUGUUGUAUGUAUAGAAUUACAAUUUUUUUUUUGGCUUUUUAUGGAAUAAGAGGUACUAAUGUUCCCCGGGUAACUUUAUUUAGAGUUGUUUUUGUUACCCUGUAGACAGAGAUAAGCAGAGUUGGUGACAAUUCUAAAAUUAAA